AAUGAUUUGACAGAUAGUAUGAUCUCAUCCCACGUUCAUAACUUCCUUCUUUAAAUAUUGUAUAUACGGAUUAACGAGUCAUUGUUUUUCCUUUUCUUUAUUUAAUCUCUAAAUAAAUAUUUCAAUUCACAAAAAAGUGCAAUUGGCAAAAAAGUUAAGUGGAUUUGUGCAAAAUAUUUGUACACGUCUGAUGCUGAUAUAUAUGAAGACUCCAUAUCAGUAAUUGCAGGGGUGGUUGUGGUCUCCGAGAGAAGAGAGGGACUGGGAAUUGGGAAUGGAGGUUUGAGGGAGAAAGAUAGGGUUUUUAGUCUCCGUUUAGUGUUAUAAUUACAUCGGGUUUGCUUUCUUGUCCCGUGAAAAUUUUCGGUUUUCGGUUCACUUCCAGGCGAGAGUUUCAUUGUUUCCGGUGGUUUCACCGUCUGAAAUUUUCCAGCUUUCUGCUUUGGGUUAGUGAAAGUUAGAGUCUUUGUUGAUGACCUGAAUGUGGGAUUUUCCCAAUUUUUCCCCCUUUAACUAAUUCAUUAAUUAACUAAUACGGAGUAUAAUUUAUUUUUUUGUCAAUGUUUCUCAAAUCCUUUCAUUGUUACUGAUUUGCUUUUUGAAUUACUGAAUUGAGCUGGUCUGUUGAGGGAUUGGAGGUCAAUUACUGCAAAAAUUUGCCUGAAUUGGUGGAUGGAUGAAUGAUUUGGUUUUUGAAGUAGCUGUAUCGUAUCAUCUUACUGAAACCCUACUUUUUCCACGAUUUUUUGUUGUCUGAUAGUUGUUGGUUUCUUUGUUUUGCUCCAUUGGAAUGUUUUGUUCAUGAUCAUGGAAUCCAGUUCUUGGGACUUGAAGAAUUUGGAUUGUUUUUAAACACGAAUUCUAUUCAUAUCUGAAGUAAUGGCUGUUUCUCUGUCUGGUUUAACAUGGUGGUGGUGGGGUGGAAAAGAUAAAGAGCCUGCACCUAGCGGGUCUUCUGUGAAUUCUUUGCAAGAUAGUUUGAAGUUCCAUCCGGUGAGGGGUCCCAAUGUGACCUCUCCAACUAGGAAGGUGAAGAGAAAAUGGAAGAGUAGGGAAGAUAGGAGAAGGAUUGAUAAGGAGUAUGAUAUGGUGUUGGUGCCAUCUGAUGGUGCCUGUUUAACUGGAUCUGAAUCUGAUGACUCGGACUGGUCAAUUGGGUGGCUAGAACCUCAUGCCCCCGGUUUCCAGAGUGAUGACGAGGCAGAGGAUAGUUUUGGGGUGCUGGUUCCUUGCUAUCGCCAUGGAUGCAAGGCACUUGAGGAGGAGGAAGAGUCAAGUAAUCGGUUUUCGAGUGCCAUUAAGAGCCUUCCUAUUCAGUACUCUACUGAUGCCAAGGAAUACAUGGAGCAGUGGCUUUCCUCCCUAAAUAAUUUUUGAAGCCGCUGCACGGUUGGUCUCCACACUAUUAGGACUUUAUUAGAUUCGAGUUACAGUGACCUGUCAGAUCUGCAUCAAUGGCAACGGUUUGUGAAGGGACCGACGUCUCAUCUGCAGAGGAAGGGAUGGAGUGCUUUCGAUCUAGUGAUGAACAUGCCUGAACUUGUAUCUCAGGACUGCUUGCAGUAUACUUUGAUUCUCCCAGAUUACCCUGUGUAGAUUGGAUGAGUGGAAAUUGGCAGAUGUUGAUUCUUUAGUGUGAAUACAGCUGCUGUAAAUAUAUGGAAACAUGCCUACGCUUGAGACUUGUUACUUGUUUUGUGAAUACAACUCUUUCUUCUGAUCUCAGGACCAAUGAAACAACAUUGCUACUA